AUGGCGUUGCGAAUCGACGAAGCCCAGUUGUUCGCCAAUCUGCCCAUCAACGGCAAGACGGCCGAGUCGACCGACGGCGCCGAGACUUCUGAAACCGCCGAGCCUUCCAGUCAUGAAGUAUGAGUUUUCUGAAUACUCCGGUUCAAUUCGGCUUAUAUCAGUGGGAAUCGUUCAACUUUCAUAAUUUUCGAGCGUAAAAUUUUUAAGAGUAAUGUAUGCUGAUAUAUUUCUUUAAGUUCUUUAAUUUUUCUUCAAAUUGAAGCUUUAGAAAAAGCAAUUUGCACAUUUACAAUUCCAAAAAAGUUUCAAUUUUGAGCUUUUCAAAAAAAAAAUGUCUGCUGCUUGAGUUUCAAAGAGUGAAGAAAAUUGGUUCCAAUUUCAACAAAAUGACCUUUUUUUUAUUGAACAGCUUCCAAAGUCAACAAAAAACGAAUCAAACUUGUUUAAAAAUAAAAUUAAUGAAAAUUACUAUAAACCUAAAGCUAUCCGCCAUAUAUCAGAAACUGAUAAUUUUGGGGGACGUUUCAUCAGAACGAAGACCUUAAAUCUGGUAACUAAGGUUGUAGAGGUUUUUUCGGGAGCGACUUCUAAAACUUCAAAAGAUGAGAAACCAUCCGCACUUUCCAGAACCAAAACUCGCCCCCACCUUCCCCCGAAUCAGCAUUGAACGUUUUCGACGUUGAAGCCCAGCAGAAAGCUUUGCAGAGGCUAUCUUCCAGUCUUGGUUGGUUAUUUGGACGAUUAAUCAAAAUAUCAGAAUAAUUUUGGGCUUGGGUAAUUUCCGGUCGCCUUUGAACCUGCCGCCGUUUCUCGCCGCCGCCCUACAACAGUCACCAUUUGCCCUUCAGGUGAAAAAAUGGAAAUUUACGCUUUUGAGAACUUGAAUGAAUAAAUGUGUGGUUUUCCGUAGAAAUUAAGUUUUUUAUAGUCAAUGUUUCCCGACUUGAAAGCCGAAGGAGGCGGGGCAAGGGACGGGACGCGUAGCGUGUGCGUACGCGGUUCUUGGCACGAGUUCAAUUGAAUUGUCGCCGACUAUUUAAAAAACUCGGCAACCGCUCUUUUUCAAUGUUUUCUACUAUUUUUUGAUGCACACAUAAACAUAAUCAAUAAUAAUUGAAAAAGGAAUGAAAAAAGCGGAAAACGGGUUUUUCAAAGAGUCGAUGGCGGUUGAAUUGAACACGUGCCAAGAACCGCGAACGCACACGCUACGCGUCCCGCCCCUUGCCCCGCCUCCCUCGCCUUUCAAGUCGCGAAACAUUGACUAUAGUAUUCAAAAAAUGGAAAGGAAUGGAGAACACCCAUGAGGGAAACUUGAAUUCUCAUCGAUUUCUAAAAUUUCUGAAUCAAAUAAUAACUAUUUGAUACCUGAUCAAAUUGAAUAAAUUUCCAGAGUAAGCGUAGAUUUUUUUUUAAAUUUGUGUGUAUCCAAACAGGUUUUUUUGCGAAAUCAAUAUUUUUUUGAGAAAAUUCCUAAAAAGUAGACAGAGAAAUUUUUUUAAAUGAAAAAAAGAAAGAAGUUGGAGAGCUCUUUUUAACUUUUUCAACUACGCAGAUAAUUCAUUUUUUUGUAGUUGUAAUUUUUAAACCUUACAAAAAAAUUAUCAAUAUUAAGAUAAAACUCCUAGAAAAUCGAUAAUUUUUCAAAUUUUAUCGAUUCUUCCUCGAUUUUUCAGUUAAUUUUUUCCCAUUUCUCUUCAGUAUAUUUUAUUCUUCAAAGAUUGAAACAGUCGUACCAUCUGCGCUCUCUUUGCUCUCACUAGUGAGGUCAUAGAAGCUUGAAACAGCGCCCAAAAAAAGUGCAAGGUCACCAAAAUGUUCCAAAUUAUGGUGAAUUGAGUCUCUGACUUCAAAUUUACCAAAUAAUCAAUCAAUAUGUUUAUUUUUCCAGCAACAACUGCUCGGCUUGGCGUCUGGCUUGUCGGGCGUCUCCCCAGGCCCCGAAGACGAGGACGAAGACCAUUCCGCGGCCAUCGAACCUGAAGAUCUAACCCUCGGGUUCGUCGUGAGGCUUCUGGAUUCUGAUGACGUCACGCGUUCAGAUUCCGAAAAGAGCACCUGAAAUCCGAAGAUCACACCCACGAGAACAGUAGCAACGGCGGCGGGCCGACCUGGUCUUACGAGGAGCAAUUUAAGCAGGUCCGUGACUGGGUUUUACAAAUUCAAAACGAAUGCGCGUUGAUUAUGUGAGGAGGUGUACCAUUGAUAGGAGCGGGAGCUGCGUUUUGUGAAUCGGAGGUCUAAUUUUAUGAAUUCUUAUAGCUGGGAAGGAAUGCGCGUUGAUUCUUGAGAAGGUUUAUCAUUGAAAGGAAAAGUGGCUGGGUUUCGCAAAUCAAUGGCCUAAUUCCACAAAAUCUAAUACCUUGGGAGGAUCGGUGGUUGGAUUCUACAAAUCGGAGGCCUUUUUUUCCAAAUAUUUUUCCAAACUCAUUGACCAACAUAUUUUUCAGCCAAAUUUCAAAGCGGAUUCCAGUUUUGUGAGAAGUUUUUUAUUUUUGUCAGAAUUUCUGCUCGUGACAAAAAUAUUUAAAUGAGAGGCCUAGUUUUAAAACGGAAAGACUUGCAUUUUUGCUCAAAAAAGCUGAGCAUUGCGGUGUUUCCCUAUAUCUUUUGAAAAUCUCUCGUUAACUAUGAAAAUAUUCUGCAGAUUGGAACAAUUGAGAAAGUUUCCCACACUUCCCAGCCAAAUCCAAUCCUCCUUCCUACCGUAUUACAUUGAGCCAAGCUCCGAGCAUCUCGUAAAUAAUUGAGGAAUGUGCGCGCCGACGAAAAUCCAGACACAAUAACCCUCCUCCCUUCUCCUUCGAAUUAUUAUUACUAUGCAUGAGAAGAAGGAUCUUCGCGCUAAAUCGAAGGUUACGGUAGCCGACUUGGACCCGCAAUUGAAUAUUCGUACAUCUUCCCUCUUCGUCUUCUUUCUUUUUUCCGAAACAUUUGAGAUAGGGCAAAACGAAACGAAUUCAAAAUGGCAUGCUGUAGCUAUGGUUAUGGCACUUGGACACUCAUUCUUCUUCUUCAAUUCUUUUGCCGAGUUCAUUAGCCGCCAGAAAACUAAAUGAGCAAGAUGGUGGCCAAUGGAUAAUAAUGGAAUGGAAAGCCAAUUGUUCGAGUUUCGGUCGGACUCAAAAUUGUCUUUUCAAUCAAAUUAGAGGCCGAAUUUUGAGGGUUUUGAAGAAAGGAACAUUUUUUUUUGUCAAAACUUGGAACUUUUUUCAAUUGAGACUUUUUUCUGAACCCUUUAAAACCAAGCUGAUUUAUUUCCAGUCAAAAAAGCUUGAUAUUGAGAAUGGCAAAAUUUUGAAGAAAACUUUAUCAUAUUUGGAAUGGCUUGAAGAUUGAUAACAUAAAGGAAUAAUUUCAUUUUUACCGUACCUUAAGACAACCGGACUCUCUGUGGAGGAAAACGAGUCGAAUUAAAAGAGAAAAGGGAGCAAAAAAAUGUUGUAUUGUUCUGCUCAGCGUGGAGAAGCGCCUUCGCCUCAAAAUUGUUUGCUUAUCUCUCAUUCGAGACGAUUCGCACAUUUGCCUCCACAUACAUACAUUCAGACAUACACUGAGACGGACAAAUGCACACAAAUAUAUAGACGGUAGCAGAGACAGGAAUUAGAAUCGACUUGUCCUCGGCGUACAGAUUGAUAGAUACACACGCGGCUCCUCGGAGAAGUUCGGGUGUUUGAGGGGUUUUUGGAGGUUAUUCAGGAAUAGUCAACUCUUGGAGAGGAUUGAGAUAUUCGGAUUUAGAAAAGUAUUUUGAGAAGAAUUUUGGUUGGAAACAAAGUUCAAAAAUUUCUUGAAAAAAAAUUUCGAUUCAACACAAUUUGAUCACUUUAAUAGUGGUUCAAAACUUGACGGUUGUGAAGCGGUUUCUAGAAAAUUGCGCCCGACCAUGAUACGAUUUGCGCGUGAUUAACUUCAAGGUUCAAGCAUCUCAAUGUUUAAUUUUCUAACUUCAACAACCACGCGUUGAGCCUUUCCAAACGCAACCAGAGCUUAUAAAACUUACAACUGAAAAAUUAAAAAGUUAUCAAUAGCUUGAAAUUUUAUAUCCAAUCCAAAAUUUUCUCAAACAGAGGAUUUAAUAGUUCCACGGAGCACAUAUGCAGCCUACUGAUGGCUGUAAAUAUGAUAGUUAUUAGCGGGAACGAUCAGGAAGCUGGCUCGAGCCCAUUGUUGUGUCAAAAUUUACGAUCCUGCAGUCCUCGUCGACACUUAUUACCAGUCGUAAAUCAAGCAUUUUUAUUCUUUAUUUACUUGGAACCUUGAUUUUGAAAUUGAGAAUCGCCAUCAAGUAUUAAUUUUUUUGCAAGUUUGUUAUUAAUUCUUGAGGAAAAAAAUUAGAAUAAUGAACCGGACUAAAAAAAGUGUGAAAUGGCCAAAAUUUUUUUGAACGACAUUCCGUUAGAACGUGUCCAGCAGUUAACCAAAGACUAGUAGGAGAGGAACCGAACUUCCUUAGAACAUUUGAUACAUGUCUAAGUUGUCUAAUAAUAUUUUUUCCGACUAAAAACGGCUUUGAAAAAUGACCUUUUUCUAAACGACUCUCCGCUAAGACGCGUUGAUAAGCUUUAAAAUUUCAAAUCGUCAAAAAAUAAAAACUGACACAUUUCCUAUUGCAAAAUUGCAAAAUUCCAACGUAUUCUCAAGCUUAAUUCAAAAUUUAUCGUAAUCCUCAUCGUUGCAAAAUCCCCAGAACUGCUGCUACCGUAAUCCAUUUCCAUCCACUCGAGUUAAUUGAGUCCCUCCAUCGUUCCGCGGAGACCCCCGAAAUUGCAUAAUUCGUGGGAAAAUUGGCAUUAUUAUUAUUGAGAAGAGUCUUUUUUUAAUACGUUUUUUUGAGUUUUUUUGGAAAAAAAUUUGAUUUAAUUUUUUUCCAAUUUUCAGUUGUACGAGCUUUCGGACGACUUGAAGCGAAAAAGAAUGGCUCGACGAUUGGCUCAAUUUUUAUGCAUCGAAUCGGUUUGAAUUAUUUUUUUAUUAGAAAAAAAUCUUCUAAAAAAACUUCAGAGAGUGACUUUUUUUGACACUUAAGUGAUCAUCUGUUAAUUUGUUUUUUGAGCAAUUUCGAAAACCAAGCUUCUUUUCAAAGGCAAUUGUCUUCAUUUUGAAGAAGUUUUUGUUCGGCAUUUUGUUCAUAAAGUUCUGGAUCGUUUCCAGGAAAGCCAGUCACCCGGAUACCAAUAAUGGCCAAGCAAGUUUUGGACCUCUACGAACUCUACCGAUUGGUCGUCCAACACGGCGGCCUCGUCGAGAUCAUCAACAAGAAGUUGUGGCGCGAAAUCACGAAAGGCCUGAAUUUGCCGUCCAGCAUCACUUCGGCCGCCUUCACCCUCCGAACACAGUCUGUUCGAACUAAAAAAAGACGAUUUUCAUUGUUUUUUAUAGGUACCAGAAGUUCCUUUAUGAGUAUGAAUGUGAGAAGGAGGGACUUUCCAACCCAACGGAUCUCCAGCAGGCGAUCGACGGCAACAAGCGUGAAGGUAACGAUUUUGAAGGCGUCUUCUUUACCUUAGGAAUUCGGGGAAGGUAGCUAGCAAGAGGUUGGAAUGUUGGAAGGUUAAUCGAAGCUAAAAGGAUUUGGAAGGUGUUCAAAAGGUAGUCCAUGAAAAGUAAACUAUUGAAAAUUGUGGGCUGGUAGGUAUAGGGACCGCAACCAAAUUUUCAAAAAAAUUUUCGAACUUCAAUAUUACUAUGGUUGGAUGGAUGGUUGGAUAGCUGCUCUAAAUUUCUAUUCAAAACAGUUUAGUUUUUCGAAAAAGGUUGAGAACAAAAAAAGUUAUGGUCAAAACAGUAGUGAAAAAAGUCGCGAAAUUUAGUACUGAAAGUUUAGAUUUUACACUUUUGGUCGUUCAUUUUGUUUUCAUAUCGGAUUCAAAUUUUUUAGUAGUUCAGUUCGGUUGUCAAAGUCAUAAUAAGUUAUUAAAACUGUAUAAAACCACAAGUUUGAAGAGAAAAGCUAUUUUUUCAUGAAAAAGGAAAAAAAUGGCCACCGAGAGGAUCGAACUCGCGAUAAUAAAACUGUAUGCAAGCGCGCUUGCGCUGCUCCACGUCCAUCCCUCGGAGAUGAGAGGCGUUCGCGCUAUACAGCACUUCACUUCAAAGUACAGCAUUUACCAGCUAUCUUGUUUAAAAAAAGUUAUGUUAGUUGAACAAUUAUUAGUCACGUACGUUUGGACCACCUAAAAGUGAUUGAAACUAGGUUAAAAACCCGAAGAAAAAAAGUAGUUGUGGUUUUUUGUACGACACUCCGCUAAAACGCUUCGAAAAUCGGGUGAAAAGUAUAUCAGAUUGAAGAGGAAGGGUUUCUCUAUGUUUCCACCAAAUUUCUCUGUGUUUGAUUCAGUAUUGCGCUUUUACGAAAACAUCAAACACGAAAUCUAAAAAACCAUCGCAUUUCACCAUCGCAAAAAGGGGCGUGGCUUUGCGGUCUCUAGGUAGGUAGAAGCUGUGUCUGACUUAUGCUUUUGUACCUGGAGCCUCAAGUCGAAGAGACAAAGUCCUAUCUUGAUACAGUGAUAAUCAGGAAAAAUAUCCGUUCUUUUGUGCUGGGGGUCAUGAAGCCGUCCACAUUUCUCAAACCCCUUGGGCGGGUCGCGGCGCGGAACGAACUUGUGACCCUUCAGACCGCAGACAGGCACACAACCGGUUGAGCUACGGCGCGUCGGACGAUUUUUGAGACUCGCCUUCAUAAGCAUUGACAUUCUAUGAUAGAACUUAUUGUUCUGAUUCCGAAUAUCUCCCCGAAAUUUUUCAAAACUUUUUAGUUUUUGAGGAAAACCAUUCUAAGACUAGGUCGAUCAUCGAAAUGUUGUUGCCUGAAACAGAUCGACACCAUUUACAAGGCACAUUUGUGAAUUUCAGCCCCUGGACGACGAAACGUCCCGACUUCGAGCUUCACCCUGGGAUUUCCGCUACCUCAUCCUCACUCGGCUGCCGCCAGUCUUCUCGGAAAGCAACUCAAUGGCUUGGGCAUGCGAAAUGGUUCUUCGAUCAAUCUUCUUUCCAAGAGUUAUUUGUGUAGAUUUAGACCUGGUCGACGAGGAUUCCCUAGGCCUGCAGGCCAACAAUUUGUUCGCCUACCGGCCCGACCAGCAGCUCGCUUUGUUUGAAGCUCACCAGAGACAGUUUGAACGAGCUCAAAGGUAGCUAAAUCAGAAAAAAAGAGCAAAGUUUUCAGAUUUUUCCAAAGAACCUGUUAGUUACUGCAUUUUUUGAAUCAUAAAUUGAAAAUUUUUUUCAUUUGAAAUGCCAUAAAUCAACUCAAAUAUGAUCAAUUUUUAUAAGCUUACUACUAAAUUGAGGCUGCACUGGGAAGCAGUAAAUUGAUGCUCCAUUUGGCUUAAAUUGUUCGAAAAUUUUGGAAGACGCACCAUUUUGAACCAAGGAUUGAGUGAAAAAAAUGAAUGAAGUGCCUAGAUAAGUUUAAAAAAUUGGAAGGUUACCGGGUAACCUUCCAAUUUUUUUUCAACAAUUUCGUUACCCCAAUACUAGUCCAAGUACCAAAUUAAAGCUCAAUUGACAAUCUAUCGAUUGAUUUUGCUUAGGCAAAUCUUAAAUUGAACCAGUUGUAAUCCCCAAGUUCAAGAAAAAAAAAGUGCUUUUGAAAAAUUCGUAACUGGUCAAUUUUCAAAAAAUUAUCACAAGAGUGAAACACACUCCAAGCUAGAUUUUCAUCAAAAUUAAUUCGAUAUGUUAUGAAGUCAAGUUGACUUCAAUUCUGAAGAUCUCUCUAGGGAAGAUUCUGAAAAACAAGAAUCUCAAGCGAAAACUGUUUCAGAGCAGCCGAAGCGGUCGCAAGGCAAACCCUUGGAAUGCCGUCUUGCGUUCCGACGGCGACGUCAGGCCGAGAGUCGACGUCGAGUCUCGAUUCAGAAGCGCCGACGUGCAAACGCGCCAAGCUGGAGAACGGCAGUGGCGAACCCUCCACCGCUCCCAAAAUCGCGCCUCCCACCUCCAACAACGUCAAGAUCACGACGAGGAAGGCAGGUUGGAAUGGUUUGGCUUUCAGAAUUUAUUCAUCGAAAUUGUUUCUUAAGGAAUUAUUAAGGGCAACUUUGACAUGAGAGCAAGGCAUGUAAAAAUAUCUUUUAAACGUUAUUUUUCAAAGCUUUGACAACUGAUUUUGAAACUUUUGAUAUAAGCAAGUUAUACCGUAAAAACUUUUCCAUUAGACAACCUUACGAAACGUAUCCCACAUAUUCAAUAAUUGAAAUAAUUUAUUGCCAUUUUAAGUCUCUUAAUGAAAUUUCAGAGCGAAAGUUGAGAAAAAUCGAUUUUUGAAGUUUUCAACCUUUAUAAGCUCAAUUUCAUUCAGAUGGUGGAACUUCCUCCGAAAAUUCGAUGGUCGUUUCAAUGGAAAUCAACGGAAUCACCUACCAAGGCGUUCUUUUUGCCAUCGACAAUGACGUCAGUAAACAGGAAAAAUUGUUGAAAAAAAUUGUUUUCUUUUUGUACAAUCAAAAAUUCACAGCAAUUGAAUAAUGUUUUUCAACGUUAACAAAUACGGAGCCAACUUUUUUUCUUGUUUUUCAUUUUGUACAAAUUUUUCUUCCACCUUCAAACGAUUCGAACCAAGCUUUCAUUCGUUUUAUUUUUCUUGUUAAAAUAUUGAUAAUAAUCAAGUGGAGUGGAUGAGAAGAUUCAAUUUAGAAAAAUGGACAAAAUUCAGCCUCGAGAAAUUAUCGAUUUUUACAAUAAAUUCUACCUUUUCAUGUACUAAAAACGUAAUCUUAAUAAAUUUAAGAAAUUGAAAUUAAGGUUCAGAAAUAAUUCAUUCAAAUUCUUUGUUUCUUUUCAUUCACGUCAAUUUUCUAUAGAACGAUCGACGGUUUUUCUUUUUCUUCCCCAUUUACUUUCCCAAAUGUUCUCUAGUUGUGAGCUUAUUUUACGAAUAUUUUUAUAUAUAUAUGAUAUGAUCCGUUUUUUAACCCUUUAAAUUAUGCCUUUUUCAUCCUUGCUUCGUUUUCAGAUUUUUUUUUAGUAUUUCCUCUCGUUUCAAUAAAACCAAACUGACGAAAAGUGGAGGAAAACGCACGACAUUUGUACAAUGUCGGUGACACAUAAAGAAAUCCAAAGAGUCAACACUAAAUGAAUUUUUGCCGCCGGAGACUGGACCACCUCAAUUCGCGCAAUUUUCAGGUGUAAACAUGGAACGAAAUGAUGGUCUUAAAAAGGGACCGUUUUUUGUGCGUUAAACACAGCUCGGCAAGGAGAAAUGGAAUUUAUAUAACUCAGUGAAAGAACGUGUUGAAUCGCAGAAAAGUGCGUGUUUUAAAAUUAAAAUUAUCCAAAAAAAAGAGAAAAAUAAAGAAUGUAAACCCACUAGCUUAAAACAAUCGCUCUUCCUCAUAAUUCCUGCGAGCAAAAAAUCGCAUGUUCCUUUAAUUGCCAUGCAGUUCCCGCGAAGAAAUUACGGUAACCGACCAUUAAUGGUCGGUUAAUUUUCACCUAGAUCGAGCGCUCGAUCUGAUGCCGUGUUCAAAGUAAUUUCGGCGGUCUCAAAAUAGACGCGUUAUUCGUUUAAAAUGAAUUCACGAAAUAGGCAGAAUUGCUAUUCCGAGAAUGGCAAGAAAAAAUGAGUCCUACAACGAUAUAUCGUUAAAUAUGCAUUUUCACCGUAAUUUCUUCGCGGGAACUCAAAAUUUUGAAAUUAUUUGGGCAUUUUCUACUGAAAUUUCAAAUUCGCGCGUAAAACUCACCGUAAAAAUGCGUAUCCAACGAUAUAUCGUUGUAGGACUCACCUUCCCAGAAUACCAGUUUCGCCUAUCUCCCGAAAUCAUUUUAAUGCCGUGUUCAAAGUGAUUCCGCGAAAUUCAAAAUAGCCGUCAGAGAAAGAGAAAGAUAACUAAAUUUUGGAGGGUCAGAGACAAUUUCGCAUUUCGCGGAAAUUACUUUGAACACGGCAUAAACGAAUAACGCGUUUAUUUUGAAAUCGCCGAAAUUACUUUGAACACGGCAUGAUUUUUUUUUCUUUUAUUUUGUCUAUUCGACGUUUUUCAGUAUGGUCUUAUAUUUCUGUUUCGUGUUCAAUACUUCACUUUGAGUCUUAUUUCGUGUAUCGCUCAUUUCGAAGCUCGAAAAGAUAGUAAAACGAAGAAAAGCUGAAAAUCGAGCGAAGUGGCAUCUUUCCAAUUAGUUUUAAGAUCACUCUUGGGGUAGUACGGGGUUCUUUUUCCAGCAAUAGCUAUUUUUUAUUGGGAAUUUUUUGUGGAAACCUUCAGACCAGGCAAAAAAAACUUGGUUUUAUCACGCAUGUUCAAGGCGGCCGGUCGUAUUACGGUAAUCAAGCGAGGUUUUUGGGUAAUGAAAAGAAAACUUUUGUACUUUUUGUGAAGUAAUUUGUCUUGUAACCUCGAGAAAUAGGUCCUUAACAAAUUGCAGAAAAAGAAAAAAAAUUUAAAAAAUUUCCUGGCUCCGAAACUGACUGCGCAAUAUUGACCGGCCACCGGCCGCCAUAACACUGUCUUAAAAAUGCGUGUUAGCUAAGUUUUUUUUUCAAGAUUGCUUGUUUUUAUGGUUGUAAUGAGAACAUAGGCCUGUGAAUAAAUGACAGGUUGAUUGUGCAAGAAUAGUCACGAGAGGGCCGACCGUUUUCGUGUUUUUUUUUGUUGCAUUAAGGAAAGUUUUCAGAAAAAAAAAUGAGGAGAAUCGUUCUUCUUCAUUCCAAAGAAGACAGGUCAGCUGAAGGCUUAUCAUCAAGCUAUUUGGAGCGAGAUCUAGUUAAUUUUCUGCGAGUUCUCGAUGAAUUGAUUAAUUUUUUUCAGGCAUCGUACAAUUUUGUUUUUACGGAGGAAAAAAAUUGCUUUUCAUGCCCAGCGGAUAAAUGUGUAAGUUAUGGUUUCUAAUUUGUAGUCUUUUCGAAUUUCUUUUCUGGGAUAAUCAUCGAAAUGCUUCUGUGCUCAAAUACCCGUCCAACAAGGAUUUUGUAAAUACUAUUGCCGCUUUGAAGGGGUUUAGGCGAAAUAGAGGUAGUCUAUAGAACUCCAUAGAUUUCGUUAUUUUUUAAUUUAUUUCUUGCUUUUCUGAGAGCAUUUUUUUUUUGCUGAAUACAGGUUCUCGACCACCGAUUAGGCUAACGACGAUUUUUGAAAUUACUUUGAGCGCAGUCUGUAUUUGCAAUAAAUACCGUCGAAUGAAAUUUUUUCAGACUAGUUCGUUUUUGCUCCUGGUGAACUCGGAUGAAUUAACUCGGCUCCAUCGCACUGUUUUAGUAAACAAUUAUAUCAGCUUUCGAAAACGAAAAAAUCAAUAUUUUUCUAGUUCCAAAACCCAAACACUUGCUGCACAAUCGCCAGAAGCGUCGCGGAACUGUAUGCGACAAGGAAAAAUGAUGCGUCCGUUCAGGUUUUUCGAAUAAAUAAUCAAAGCCCAAAAACCGAAGCAUGAAAAAAAAGGUCUUUUGGUAUCCUUUAUUCAAAGUUUGAAAUGUGUGUCUCUAUACACAUUUUUUUGAACAAUCUCAAAAAAACCCAUUGAAUAUAAAGCCGUGAACCCGCGAAGAAAGUAUCCUAAAAGCUUUUUUUUUCUCCUUUCUCCUGGACUGUUUUUUUUCCAGAUUUGGGCUUUGAAAGUUUUUUUUAAAUUUUUUAAAUUUACAGGUCAAGCCGGAAGUCGCAACUUUUUCCUGCGGCGCCUUUGUUGAGACUUCCGUGGGAGCUGUACAGACUGAAAAUCAUGCGGUUUCUAACAAGUCCACAGAAACUGACGAGCUCCCGAAACCGACGGUUUUUAGCUUGAACAUUCAUUGCUGUGGCGGUUAUAAUCUGUUUGAAUACAUUAAAAUGUGUACAAAAAUUGAUGAUUUUGAGAAGGUCUCGAGGUUUAGAGCCAUUUUUAUCCGGAGAAGUGUAUUAAUUCUCCUCGUUUCUCUUAUUUUUGUGAUUCCUAGACGUUAAUCCGAGUUUCUAGAAAAUGGGUAGUGAAACAAUUCAAUUCUUCUGAUAUUUGAACAUAAAGUUAUUUUUUUCAGUUUAUUUUUUAAACAGUCCAGCAUUGAUUUUCGAUAUAUUAUAUCAGCAUCUGAGACAAUCGUGAAAUUAAAAGCUCGAUUUCAGACCUCCAAGUUGCAUUUGUGCACCACUGUCAAAGAAGAAGUCGCGGACGACGAUGAAAUCACAGUUAAUUUUCGAAGAAAAUUUUUUCAUUCUAUGAAUUUUUUUCAAGAUUGUGUAUGAAGGUGCUCCGUCAUGUUCUUCGCGAAAUUCGACGGUUCAUAGACGAUUCUCGGUGAAGCAGGUUUUUAUUAAUGGAGAAAGAUAGUUCAUUUUCCAUUCAAGGAGCCGCCCUCGGCGAACGCCUUGGUGAAGGAAGAAAGCGAUAUUUUCGAAGACAUGGAAGUUGAUGCACAGGUUUGCUUUUUUCGAUAAACUCACAGAAAACGAUGAAUUUCAGGCCCCAGCUCAGCCAGCUAUGCAAAAAUUCAACAGUGCGGAGGGUUUCGCUUUUUUCUCCUGCAUAAUGCGAAUGACUUUCGCCCGAGAAAAUCCUGGAUCCACUUAUCAGUUGUUCCAUAUUGACCUUGAAGCGGAGGUUAAUUAGUUUUAGGGUUUUUUGUUGAUUAAUAGUUCCGAAGCUAAGCUUGUUUAUAAAAACUGUCGUAUAUUUCGACUCUGGCCUCAGAUGAAGAGGUUGAAUUGAUGAAAAAUGAUACUAUUGAAAUUUAGAAAAUUUCUUGUUAAUUCAAAUUAUUAAGUUAUUGAGUUAAUUCAAAUUAUUGAUUCGUUAGUUUUGAUUUUUUUUUAAUGUUGAAAUUUCGGGCUUUCCUCUAAUAAUAUUCUAUCAGAUUUCAAAAAAAUUAUUAGCAAAAUGCUUUUUAUUUUUUUAUUUUUUUAGAAAAAUGGAAUGUGAAACAUUUUUUCCCAGUCUAUUUGAAAAAUAAAAAUAAAAUUAGAUUCAAAUGAGCGGUGAUCAUUCACAAAAGUUCAGUGGGAAAAGCUCACCGAUGACGAGAAGAAACGGUACGAAGAUAAAGCCAAGGGUCUUCAAACAGAAGCAGCCCCAGUUUUAGCAGUUGAAAAUGAUCAGGUUGUUAAUCAUUUCAUCAUGUUUACAGUAAUUUCUCGACUUUUCUACAACUGUUUCUGAGUUUUUAGACGAAUGUGCUAGUGUCUGAAGCCCGAAAAUCGGUUGAAAGUGAGGAAAACAAUGAUCGAAAUUCUACUGCUGUCCUCGAACCGCCCAUGGAAUUCGAACCGAUGGAAACGGUAAAAUUCUUUUUUUUUUUUUUUGCUCGAUGGAGAAUGAAUGAAGUUUUCUCUCUUCUCGAAGUAUACCAGAUGUGUGUUUUUGGUCAAAGUUUAAUAAUGUUUCAGGCGGAAAGAAUUGAUUCGACGGCUGUGAAAACUGUUGACAACGUCGGAACGGCGUCUCCGGCAACUUCUCACAAAGAAAUUGUUAUUUUUCAUCUUAUUUUUAUUGUCAAACCAUUGUUGAUUUGCUUAGUUUUCAGUUUUCUGUUAUCAUUUCAAUUCCAAUCUUUCAGCCGACGCAGCCUCCAUCUUCUGGGGAACUGCAAAUUUGUAAAGAUAACUCACAGGUAAGAUAGCGACGGAUUGAAUGAAUGAAUGAAUGUUUAUUUCGCUCACAGACAGAUCUGUGGCGUGGUUCAAAAGUGAAUUAAAAAAAUGGGAAAAUGACUAGAGUUUGUAAUGAGUAAGAUAUUUACGAAAUCUUCAGAUUUUUCGUGAAAAGAAAAAUUCAGUUCACUUUUUUUGGAUGUGUUUUCACGUUGAAGAAAAAAUCGAUUUUUUUAUAGUACAUUUUAACAAUUAUUUUUUUGAAAAAUUGAUUUUGUUUUUUUAGCGUUUAAAGUACAUUGGAUUCCACUUUAAACUAAAGAAAAAUCAAGCUUUGAAGAAGAAAUUUCAUAAUUUUUUUCUUUUUAAAUUUCAAGUUGCACUUGCAGUAAAGUUGGAAAAAAAUUAUAUUUUGCUGGAAUAUUUAUGAGAAAUUUGUUUCAGAGUGUCGCCAGCGUUGAUCAACACCAAACGCAGAAAGUUAUCUUAACAGUUCCACAGAACGAAGGAAAUCGCCUGGUACAAGAUCAAGCUCAAGAAUCCCAUCCAGAUGUUGAACAGGUUCGCGUUGUAAUGACAGGAAUUAUAUUUGGGUCUUCGUUUUCAGUCUCAUGCGUCCCUUUUCAACGAUAUUCAGCAAAAAAGUUUGGUUGUGGAAAAACAGGUAAACUUCCUUUUUUAAAAGGAAGAGGAUGUUGACCUCGCACUGUUUUCAAUAAAUUUUUGUCUUUUUUACUGCUUUUUUGAGUUUAUUUUUCUUUUCUCUAUAGAGCCCUGGAACUGCACCUCCUCAGCAACCUCAGACAACUGUUCCUGGAAUCGAAGGAAAUCAUCCGGAACAAAGUCAAGCUGUUGGAAUCGUUCCGAUUGUACGGCUUUUCACUGAAAAUCUCGAGAAGUUCUCAUUUUUCAGCCUCCUUCCGGAAAAAUGGACAAUUUUCCUAAUACAUCAGGUGUACAGCAAAAAAAUCUGACGUUAAAAACACAGGUGCGAUAUAAUAUUCGCAUUAAUUUAAUAAUGUUUAAAUUAUACAGAGCGUCCCCACGGUUGCGCCGAGUAACAUUCUUGAAACUCCAGUUCAAAUGGAGAAAAAGGAAAUUGGUGUCACUUGCAGUCUUACGAAGUCUUCACAGGAUCCAAGGGUGCUUUGAAUUUUUUAAAUCGAAUUUCGAAAAUAACCAGAAUUUUCCUUUUUUGAAGAUAAAAAGGGAAGUAUUUUUCAGAGAUCCGCUUUUUUUUCACCUCAACAAGCCGAACAAUACCCGCCAAUUGUCACUGAAAGAAUGCUGAAAACACUUGAUAGGAAAACUUUCCCAAAACCUAUACGAGCUUUUGAAAACGCUCCCGUUGUUCCCCAGAGAAAGGUAAUUUCAAUUUUUUGAAUUUUUAAAAAUUGUUUAAAGUAAUAGUUAGUAUCGGUUGAUAUUGAUUACAAUGUUUUAUGUCUAUCCAAUUUUCAGAUUCAGGCCGGCAGCGUAGCUCAGUCAAACUCAACUGAUAAAGCUCAUCCUUCGAAAACUUAUCACCACUUACAAUCAGAAGGACUUGCCAAAGUUUAUCUUGUACACGUUCUGCUUUAAAAAGAUUUUUAGCCCCCUAACCCAUUUGGAGCUCCAAAAACUUCUGGACCUGCUUUUCCAGCAACUGGAACGAUGCAACAGAGAUGUUCAACUGUUUGUAUUUUGAUACUGGAUAUUUCUUAUCUUAUUAUAUGAUCUCUAUAUUAUCUUUUUUGCAUCCUAAGGCAGCCGUUUUUGUUCGUUAUGUUUGUAGAGGCUGAAAUGUGAGGAAUUAUGAAUUGGUAUGGGCAGUCCCUUUUUUUUUUCAAUUUUCUAGCUUUCAAAGAAUGACAUUCUACUAAUAAAAUAUUUGCCUUCAAUUGAUUGGUUUGAACAUUUAGUUUCAACCAAAAUAGAUUUUGGCAGUUUUGCUACAACUUUUAGUUUUCUUUUUUUUUUUAAUAACCUCACUAUAUCAUCUCAGCCAAAAAUUAAUAAACAAAGUUAUUCAUUCAGAAGUUUUUUAAUUUUUAUCAAUGCUUAACCAUGCUAACUUAUUAUCCGUUUACUUCUAAGAGAACUUUCAGCCAGCAACGUCUUUUGGAACUUUCAAAAAUCCUAGCAGAACUUCCCUGUCGAUCAGCGGUCCCAUAAAGCAAAACACGUCCCUUUUCUCGACGAAUUCUCAACCUUUGGUUCACUCUGAUUUUUCUCUGUUUUUAAAUAAAGUAUUUUCAGCCGACAACUCCGUUUGGAGUUUCGAAAGUUUUUGGCGGACCUGCUUUUCCAGCAACUGAAAUCUUACUACAAAAAAAUUCAAAAGUUUGUAUUUUUUCACUGAAUAUUCUCUGAGUUCAUUUUUUCCAGCCUCAUGUUGUCAUAGGAACAGCAUUUUCAGUAACCAAACUGUUCAAAAAAAAAAUUUUUUUGGUUGAGAAAAAUUGAAGUUUUAUGGAGAUUUUCAAUGAUAUCGAAAAUCUAUACGAGCUGUUGAAAGUAUCAUCCGAAAAGAAAGUUUUCCCGAAACACCGGUUCUACAGCAAAAAAAGUUUGCUAGUAGGAAAACGGUUGACUUCUUUUCAGAUGAAGAAGAAAUCAAAAAGGGGUUUUAUUUCUUCAGAUUCCUGGCAUUGGGCAACCUCAACUGUCUCAGAAAACCACUCCAAUUACCCCUAUAAUCGAAGAAAAUUUUACCGAGCAGAGCGAACCUCGAAGUAUGACUCAAGCUGGUGACCAAGCCCAGACUGUACAAACUUCAGCUCGAUAUUUCGAAAACUUUUCGGUUUUCAGGUUCAGAACGCUCAGGGAACUGUCCCAAUAGUUCCUAAAAUCGAAAAAAUCGAAAGUCAAGAUCAAAUAGCUGGUCAAUCGGCUCCGAUCGCUCCGUUUGUAUGUUUUUCCAUUGGUUAUUUCAAGAACUUCUUUUUUUUUCAGCCAUAUUCUGUCAAAAAGGAAAUUCCUUGUAAUGUACCGGUUGUAGCGCAAAAACAAGUGAUUGAGAAAAGGGUGAUUUUCAUGAGAUAUUCCUAUUCAUUUGAUUAAAAUGUGAUGAUGCGUAUAAAGUGAGUAUUUCAUUUUGCAUGAGCGAAGCCUACUAAUAAUAAGCUUAAAAAACCGUAUAGAUACUUUUUUUAACGCUCUCACAGUCUUUUCGAACUUUCUUUCUUAACUAAUUUCCUUUCCUUUUCUUAAAUUUAAUUUUUGAUUAUUUUACCUUACAGAGUUCUGUCACUGGACAACCUCCACAAACUCAGAAAAAUGAUCCGCUAGAAAGAAAUCGUCGGGAAAAAAUCCAGGCUCAAACUCAAAGACCUGUUCAAGCUCUUGAAGAUUCUCCGAUUGUACAAAAUUUGACUCAAAAUGUCGAUAAUUAAUUGUUUUUCAGCCUCCUCCCGCCAAAAAAGACGUUGUUCAUAAUGUAGCACAUGCACAACAAAAAACACAGGUUAAUUUUUUUAAAAUCUAAAUUCGUAAUCAAGUAAUAUUAGCUUUUAUUUGAAUUUUUGUAAGUUAUGAAACGUAGUAAAUUUUCUUCACCAUUUUUCAAUUUCCUACUAUUCUACAGUUCUUUCUGUUUUUCAUCGUGCAUCAUUUAUUAGACUCAAAGGAAGCCGAAGCUUUCUCCAAACGGUAGAAAUCGCCUGCCAAAUAAACUGGAUAGGAUGGAUUUUUGAAGCAAUCUUUUAAGAUCACAAAGAUGAAAAAUCCUCAAAUCAGCAAGGCUGACUUUUUUCGAACAACUGUUGGAAGGGUUAUCGGAGUUUCCUCGUGUGUUCUAUUGUUUUAUCUAUUUGAAAAAAAUGUUACGAAAGUAAGAAAGAAAAAUUUUUGAAGUGGUCCGCAUUGUCGCCGGAGGAGAAGAGACGCCACAGCGGAGGAAAGGUUUCGGAAAGUUUGAAAGCUGAAUUUGGUGUCAAGGUGAAUAUAAAAAAAUAAAAUUUACUUGACCUCUGUGUUUUUCCGUUUUUCUGAAAAAAAGGAAAUUGAGCUCACUUCAGUUUUCGAAUUAUACUAAGUUUUCAUAAUCUUGAGGCUCAAAAGAUACGAAAAAGAUGAAAUUUAAGCUUCAGAAAUACGUAUUAGUAUUGAUAAUUUGAUGAAUUGGUUUUCGACUUAACUGAAGGUUUGUAGUUCGCAUUUCUUCUUUUUGAAAAAUUACUGUAUUUAUAAUUUUCUUGUUGCUUGAUUUUUUAAAUUUUUAUCGAGCGUUGAAUAUUCAGUCUUUUUUCUUUAUUUUUUCUUUUCAGGCGGAAUCUUUUUCUUUGCAUACUGCUGAAACCGCUCCAUUGGUUUUGAAAUGCAAAAGUGAAUCGUUAACGCCUGUUCCCCAACCUUUCCAAAGACUUUCUGAGAAGGUAUUUUGCAAUUUUUUUUUUUGGAAAAAGAAUACUUUUCAGUCCAGCCUGAAACUUCUUAGCGAGCCGGUUGAGGAAAAAACAGAUAAGGCAAAGAUUUUGAUUUUGAUUCCAGUUCAAGGUUGAUCAAUAACUACAUUUCUUGUUUGGAUAUCCGUUUUUUAAUAGAAAAAAAGCCAUCAUUUAAAUGAUGAAAGAUGCUUUGAAAUAGAAAAUACUUGUUUUUUUUCUCAUAACUUGAGAGCUACGUUAGGUGUCCGAAACUUUUACGGCUACAUCAGAAAAAGUAAAAAGAAACUCUCUAUUAAUACAGCUUUUGGCGUUUUUUCGGUUCGGAAAACUUAAAAAAACAAGUAUCGAUGAGAAAUGCUUCACCAUUUCUGGAAAGGAACAUAAGUAACUAGCUGGAUUGGUAUGAAUUAUAUUAAAACACUUUUUUGGCUCAAAAACCUAUCUCAAUAGGGCCUCUUUGAGCCGAAUCAGUGUAGCUUUUCUUCAGAGUGCGCUCGUAGACCUUGGAGCUGCCAAAGCUAUGAUAAAAUCGCUCUCCAAAGUUGAAAAAAAAAUGAGAAGAAACAUGCCCGACGCCGACGAAAUGCAGAUCCUCGCUAGAAUCAGCAGAGAGGUACCGCCGAUUGCGAGAAUGUUAAUAUAUGUUAUUGGAAUUUGAGAUGGAAAAGGAUCCUAGGUCGCAAGUUAGCUCGCACAACAGUCCCGUUGCUUCUGGUGGUCAACGCGAAAAGGUGGAUUUUAAAUUUGUUGGAAAAAUUUGUCAUCUAGUUCAUCCACUCUGGCUCAAAGCAAUACUCCAUGAAAAGUUUCGUUUGAAGCGAAAUUUUCCUUGAGUGUACACAAUAAAUGGAAAAUUUGUCAUUUUGGUAAAAUAUUCCUUUUUAAAUUUCUUGUAAUUUUAUUUAAAAACUCGUAAACUCCCAAGGAACAAUAUAUUCACCUGAAAAGGAAUUCUUAACUAACCAUAUGUUUCGAAAAUAGCAAUAGCUAGUUUUUAGGCCGACGGACCUCCAGGUAAAGCUCCUGCACACACCGGAACACCGAAAGGAUCAAAAAAUGCUCAAGAAACGGCCCAAAUCGUUCCAAAGCUUUCAAAACAAGUUCGAAAAUAGACCGGAACGAUGACUUGCAUUUUUUUUUUGCCAAUUUUUAAGACAAGCUCGGCUUCAACGGAAGAUUCGCUCAAUCUAUCACGAAAAAAACUUCGAAGAGCCGCUUACAAAUUGUUCGGAUCGGAAAUAAGAAAGAGGAUCGAGGAGAAGAAUCCGACGGCGUCUUCGGAUGAAGUGUCACAGAAAGUUCGGAAUAAAGUUAAAAGAGAAAAAAUAGACAUCUAUCGAAAAGUUGAAACUUGCAGUGGAAAGAGCUGCCCGAGGAGUCAAAGCAAAAGUUUGUCUCGGCAGCUAGGGAAAAAAUUGACGAAAAAGUCGAAGAUGUUGGUGAACUUCAAUAGCUGAACAAAUAAUGAAAACGAAAAAACAAUCUUUCUUUAGGUGGGAGAAAUUCGUGGAGCCGCUGUAACCUGUCAGCCGUCGCCACAAACCAAAGUGGUUUGGACUCGUUUCAAAAAAACAUUUUUUUAAUUUUUUUCAUCUUUAAAAAAACAUUUUUUUCAGCGUAUCAGUGCUCCGAAACCGAAUGAAUUCUCUGAAAAAGUUGAACCUCCGCCUCAACAGGUCUCUUGGAACAAAAUGAAUAAAAAUUUUAAAUUUUUUAUUGAAACUCGUGUGCCACCUUCUCAUAAACAAAAAUGCAGCUAGAACUUGAACUGCAAAAAAACUUCCUCGUUUUGAAUUUUGUAGUUUUCCAUAGGACAUCGAAGAGUUAGAACUUUUGACGCUGAACAACUCAUGGAAGUGGUUCAGGAGGCUUCAAAAGUACAUUUCAAAACCACUUUUUCUAUUUAUGCUUUAGAAGACAACGGAACAUCACUUUGCUGGCGUGAAGCGACAUCUUCAUGAAGAGCCGAAAACGAUCUCGGAAGCUCUACUGCUUGAUAAAGUACUGAAACAGAAAAAAAUUCGUUUGAAUAUGAAAAUAUUUCUUCUGCACUUUAUAAACGGUACUGUGAAAAUUUCAAUUUUUGCUGAAAGUUUUGACUCAGUCUUUGAAACAGUACGAGUUGAAGGAUCAUGAUAUCAAAGAGAGCAUUUUCUGAGUCUUUGGAAACGGGAGGCUCCUCCCUUUUCAUCAUUUUUUAAAACUUAACGAUUUUGGUGUUUUCACAUUAUGCCGUGUUCAAAACAAUAAUUCAAAAAAAAAACGGCAGAAAGUGAAAGAGAUAAAAAUAGUUUUUGGAAAAAUGAGAUAUUUUUGAAUUAUGCAGAAAUGACUACGGGCCUCAAGGCAAAAUAUUGAAAGAAAUUGUGGUUUUCGACCGAAUGAAGAUUACUUUUUUUCCAACGAAAUUUAGAUUUCUUCGAAAACAAUGAAGUUUAUUUUUUUGGCAGUUUCGCCGAUCAUUUUGAGUUAUUUUUUUGAAAGUUUUCAGAAAAGUUAUUGAUUUAGCGUAUUUCUUAUACUUAAUAUUUUUUUCAGCUCGAUUCCGCUCCGAGACGUUUCGAAACGUCAACCACUUUUCUCGGUGUUGAAAAAACUGUCAGCGAUUCUGGUUUCUACAAUAAAAAUCGAAAAACGCAUUCAAAGGAUUUUUAUUACCAGGAAAUGACGCUCCGCCAAUGAAAAAACUGAAAAAAUCGGCUCAGGGAGAGGAUGACGAUAUUGUGGUGAAAAAAAAUCCAAAGUUUUUUUUUCAUGUUUCGUUAUAUUGAAGGUCCUUAUGAGCAAUGUGAAGAAUCCACAUAGCUGCCAUGUUGAUAGUGAGUUAGAAUUUCUAACGAUUGGGAUAUUUAAAAAUAUUUUUUUCAACUUUUUAUUUCAAAUUUUUUUGUUAGCCAAGAAAAAGAUAUGGAUUUUUCUUAAUUUUAUUCAUUGCAGCGGCGAACCGUUUUUGAAACUUGUUUCCGAGAAAGCCCGAAGCGCUUACAGUGAUCUUUUUAACGCCGAGCAACCAAUCCUCUCUAACAUUGUAAGUUUUCUUUGAAUCGAACGGAAAAAUAAAAAUUUUUUCAGCCUUCUCCACUCACUUCUCAAUCACUCCAACAUGUCUUCCCCAAGUUCACUCUGUAAACCGUGUAGUGGUUCGAAAAAAAUAUAUCAAUUUAAAUAUUUUAUUGUAUUUUUUUAAUGUUAUCUUGCCCUGUUUUUCGUUUUAUCCCCCGAUGGUUAAUGAUUUUUCACCAUCAUGGCUUCACAAGUAUAAAUGUUAUUCACAAAGUCGUUUUUUUCAUAUUUUUAUCUCUUUGAUGAUAGCGACCUUUUGAGGUUUUUUUUUUUGAUGAAGGAAGAUAAGAAAAUUGAGGAUAGUUGGCUGCAGAAACAAGGUUUUUUUCCGGAUCAGCUUCCCUGAUUUUUGAAAGAACUUUUUUUAUUUUUACAUUUUGAUAGGAUUUCCAAAAACUUGAAUUUUUUUCGUUUUAGAAAUCUAUUUUUUUGAAGUUGAUAACUCGAAAUAUUCAUUUUUUGUGAUCUGAUUUGUAUAAGCCUUUGAGAAGUUUCAAACUCCGUCUUUUUAAAAUUUUCUCAAUGAAUUUGAACUCGCAGAAGUCUACCACGACCUAAACAAUGAAGUACAACACUUUACAAGGCUUUUCACCUCAAAAAAUUUCUGAAAAUUGCCCUUUCUCCUUUAAUAACCUCAUCAUCUUAACUUUAUGUUUGAACUUCCAACUUUAUGAAUGAAAAUGACUUUUCUAGAGAAAUGGGAAACAACAAGAACAGGAAAAUGUAUUUCUAUACGGGACAGUUGACAAGAUCCUCUAGUGAGGCUGUGCCGGAUGACGUCAGGAAAUACUGUCGACGUCUUCAGAAAAAUUUUGUUCGUCGCGCUUUUGAUGGGAGAAACGGUGUAGAACUUCUUCUAGGAACCCCGAUUGCUCAUCCCGUUUAAGCUGGCUGGUUAUUGUUCCCAGGUAACUCCGAUGGAGAUGUUCAAGUUUGCUAAUACGCCAGAUAUCAUUGAGUGAGUUGGAAGGUUCGAAAAAUGCUUUCAUAAGGUUUUAAAGACGUAUUUCAAAGAUAGGCAGGUUUUGGAAAGUAUGUUGUAAAAUCUGUACAGCCCUUUCCGCGCCAGCUUUCCACUAUCUUCGUUUUCCUCCGAGCUACAGGACCCUUCCAUUCGAUUCGCAAUCCUGUCCCUCUAUAAGCCUGAAACUUAGGUUAAAUUAAAGGCGCGUACAUAUAAAUGCGCAUCGAAGGGAAAGUUCCUGUAGCUCACAGUUAAAACAAAACGAAAAUCAUGACAAGCUACCGUGGAAUCGACUAUCCCUGUCACUUUAUUCUCGAAACGAUAGUAGGAAAAGUUUCAGUAUACUAAGUUUUUGGGCUUCGCUAUGAGAUUCGUCCAAGAAUUGUAUGAAGUUUUUAAACAGAAAAAAGACACAAGGAAAUAAAAUAAGCAAAAAAAAGAUGAAAAUCCGUGUUUUUUGCAGACGAGUGCGAAGGCGUUUUCACCCGAAUGCGUGGCGUUUCCGUCAUUUCCGCAAGAACGAAAAAGGCGAACUUGGCGUGAAGCUUUACGGACAUCACUGCAGUUAUGAAAAGUUGCGUCAGAUGGAGAUCGCUGAUGAGUUUGUUUUAUUUUUUCACGAGUAAAAAAAAGUAUUUAGAAAAUUAAAAAGAGCUACGAAAAAAGCUGGAUUAAAAAAACUCAGUUUGACGUUGAACAAGCGCUUUUUUUCACCGAAGAAUAAAUCUGGGGGCGCCUUUUCUAGUCUGUAAACCACGAGCAAAGUCCGAAAGUGCCCAAAAAAGUAAGCCUGAAAAGACUUUAAAAAUACCUUUUUAGAGCCUUUCAAUGAUUUGUUUUUCUCGACUAGGUCUUUUUCAAGGAAACGAUAAGGCUUUGAAAUUUAGAAUUUCCAGAAAAAGCGAAAUAAAACGUUCUUUUUCCUGGAAAGGUUAGAAAAAGGAGCAUAAGAAAAAACUUUUUACACUUUUUCAGGACCUUCAAAGGAGCUUCGGUUAAUCUUUUAAGGUUGCUUGUCUUUGAGCGAGGCCAGCCAAUCAGAAAUCUCGCUCCAAAAUUUUGAGAACUUUAUUGGAAAUCGCCGUUUUUUUCCAGCCACACUCUCCGGAUCGACCUCACUGACAUUGAGAGCACUCUCGGAUCUUUUCUGGCGAUUCAAAGAUGUUCCCGCUGUUUGGACGCGUGAAUUUCAAUACUUUAUUCAAUUCUACGAGUGCGCUCCAGCGAACUUCCCACUGUAAAACAUUUUUUUCCGUGAAUAUUGGUAUACUGUAAAUACUCGAUACAAAACGGCUGAAAAUUGGAAGUAGAAUGUUUGUGAAUAAUCGAUCCAUUUUUAAGCUAUUCGCGAGAAAUCGGGUUCAUAUGAGCGCUCUUGGAGAUAUAAUCUGUUUAUAUUUUAAACAUGAAGCCGUCCUUCGAAUAUCCUCCCCUCGCUUUCUGAUUGGCUUUACGUUGAAAGUCUGGACAGAUUGACAAGACUUUUAUGAAUGUACUUAAUAAAAAAGGCCGUUUCUCCAGACUGCUCGACCUCAACGACGCCAAUCAAGACGUCGAUAAAAUCCACGCGUUCAACGCCGUCUGCAAGUUCUCGAAUUGGGUUCUGAGCGACGAAUCGGAAAACUUUCUGCCGUUCGAUUAUCAGCUUCACGAUCAAUAUCAGCCUUUUCGGAAGCCUGACAUCAGAACUGUGGUUAUUUAUCUAUUUCUGGAAUUAUUGAUUGGAGAAUUCAGCCAUUUUUAUAAGAAAAAUCAAACAGCUUUUUUUUCGGAAAAAUACCGUUUGUUCAACAUUUUUUUAAGGAUGAGUCGAUUUUUUGGUCUUUCCAAAGUACCUAAAAAAUUUUCCAGAGAAAGAGGCGAAUUUCUAAGCGGAAACGGGUUCUAGGGGCUGUUCUCGCAGCUCCAAAUCUGAAUUCUACUCUUGCCACCUGCGAGCCGGAGGUAUUUUCCUGUAACUGCCUCCAAAAAUCCUUUUUUUUCCAUAGGUGGUUGAACUGGACGAGCCGGAGCUGGAUGAGAAAGAUCUGAAGCCUGAGAAGGAAAUUCCCAUUGGGCAGAGAGAAAAAUCGGUAGGACUACUAUUUCAGUUUUUGCUGGAGAUAUACUGCACAUACCGCUAAAUUCCGUUUUCAAAUUUUUUUCAGAUCUCAUUUCAUGCUCUUUGAAAUUUCAGUUCAUUUUUUGAUUCCUUUAUGUUGCGAUUGAGAGUAAUUAGGUGAUUUCAAAAAAAGUCAGUCUUAAGCUCCUCUCUGCGUCUUUGUGAAUUAAGUAUUUUUUCGCCAGAAGUCUCCCGAAAAGGUUUCAAAAAUUCACAAAAUGGCCGGCGUUUCGUAACAAUAAUAAUACAUUUUGAAAAUCAUUCUGAUAGUUAAGCUCUCUCUUUCUGCGCCUUAAAUUACCACAUUAGGUUUCACUGAAUAAAUUAUCUAAAAAAAAGUUGGCCAUAACACUUCCUGAUAAACCGGAUGAAGAUUCUGAGAAUCUCAACCGGCACGACUCCCCAGUUUUUGAGAAAGGCAACCUCAAGGUCCCAUAAAAUCCUGAAAAACCAUUUAAAUAGGCUGUUUGAGCCCUCGUUUCUCGAAGUUGAGCAGGUUGAGACUCUCCGCAUCUUCUGGCACGUCAAGAAAUGUUCUGACCAAAUUCGAGGGAAAUCACAACCUCAAAGUAAACCUUCAUUGUUAGAAGUCCCCCACCGAAGUUUCAUUGAAAUUCACGUUGAAAAUUCGCAAAAUGGCCGGCGCUAUGUUUGAAAAGAAAGUUCGGAAGGAAGUUGAGGAGCAGAACCCUGGAGCGACUUUUCAUGAACUGGCGGAGAAGGUUCGCUUGAAAGUAAGAUUUUUGAUUCAAAAAAUGAUUGGAUUAAUAAUUUUUAUAGUGGAAAAGUGUGUCGGAAGAUGAGAGAACUGAUUUCCGGAAGGCGGCAGCUGAAAGUAUUUUGAAGAGUCAUGAGAAGGUAAUAAGAGACAAAUAAACGUUUUUUGGUUCCACUUAUUUAUUCUUAAUCCAAAUAUGAUUAUUUUUUGAAUUUUUAUGUAUUUUCCAACGGAAGGAAAAUUUUUUUUUCAGAGAACCCCUAUAGUAUGUUUCUAGUUGAUUCAUAGCAGGUUCGUGAAAAUGUUUUCAACAUAUAGCGAAAUAUUUGAAUAUUUAUUUCACUCUAAUACAUAAAAUGACAUGAGCUACAAAGAAAAAAAAAAAGAAAUAGUGUGUGUAAAUAGGAGGGCAAGAUAUCUCUUCAUCAAAAACGAGAUAUGAAUUCAUUGUAUCUUCCAGAAAAAAGAGAACUUUCAAAAAUAUAGAAACUGAUUAGCCAACAAAAACUCAUAAAAUUAACCACCACCUUGUAUUGCUGACAAGGUACUCAACUGGUGUGCCCGUGUUGAACCCCUGUUUUUUUUUUUUGACUUUUCGAUUCUCAGUUGUUCUUGAAGGGGGCAACAACGGGUGUAAUUAUGUCAGAAGUUCUACCAGCUGUAUUUAUACGGGUUCGAUACGGGCGCACCCGCCAAGAUUCCGUUUCAGUACGGUUGGUCACCCCUGAUCAACAUGAGAGGGGAGAACAGUUUCAAUAAAUAAUACUAAAAUGAGAAAAUCGGUUCGAAACAGUUUUCAACGAAAUGAAAUAAGAAAGAAGCUGCAGUUAGCCUAUUUUGAUCCAUUUAAUUAUAUAAUUUAUUUUACCGUUUUUUUUUUGAGAAAAGCUGCAUCGCAGUUGAAGAUUUUAAAAGUCUGCUUUAUAAUCGAACUUUUCAGCCCAAAUCGGAACCGAAUCCGGGCUUUCCGAAAAAAACUGAUCAAAGAAAACGAAAGUCUCCUCCCGGUUUGCUGUUUUAAAUCAAUCAAUUAAUUAAGACUUUAGUAGAAGAUGAACCGCCAAAAAUUCCAAAGAUGGAGCUGAAAAGGGAGGAAGAAGAUGAUGAUAUUAUGGUAAUGAUUGAAAGUAUUUUCUUAUUUUCUAAUUUUUCAAUUCUCAGAUUCUUGAUGAAUUUACUGUUUCGAAUGUUCCGGCCUCAAAAAGUCCAGCCUCUUAA